AUGUUUUGGCGCGGCGCUUGUCUCGGGCGGGGUGUGGCGAGUCCGUACGUGUGUAGGCGCACGUACGCGACGCAGCGCUUGCCUCGCAUCUAUCGCUACUGGAUUGACGUGCACGGCCAGCUCUUUUUGUACGAUACUGUCCCAAAGAACCUCACGUCGUGCUUCAAGUCGGUGCCGUUUCUCAACUUUUUCUAUGCGCGCGUGCAGCCGACACCGACAGAUGCUCCGCGCGGCACGCCGCCCGACGUGCUCACCGGCGAGGAGGAGCACUGGACGGCCGACGCAUCUCGUCUCGCCGAGAUCCUGCGCGCCGGUGGCGACUCUGCCGCGCACGAGCAGGGGUGGCAGGAGCUGUGGGCGGCACUGGCCGGCGAGGGCAUGACGUGGCUCAGCAAGUGCCAGGGCGAGUGGAAUGUCAUCCACGCGGUCGACACCCCGAUCGUCUUUCGCGCGCUGUCGCACGAGGGUGUGCUUUCGUGGGCGGGCGACUAUACGAUGCCGCUGGACCCCUCGGCGCUGCUUGUGCAUCCUGUUUCCGGCUAUCUCUACCACCCCUCUCCCCCAACGCCUCUCAAGCGCGCGCCUCCCGAGCCCUACGGCAAGUACAGCCUGAUUUCGUCCUAUGUCGUGCUGCAGCACCUAGUCGCCGGCCUCGACAUUGACCUCGAGUGCACCGACACGCUGCCGAGCGGCCGGCGGUCGGCCGGCACACUUGCGUGGCAAGGACAGACCUAUACACUCGGCGUGCUCGACCCCCAGGCCGACCUCCCCCCCCAGGCGCCGCCGCAUAGUGUUCAUUGUCCCUAG